AUUCUAAUCUCACUGCAAGAUACCAUGGGAGUUAACCGUAGAAUUGCCUUCAGCAACAAGCAAAACAACGGCAGAACUAUAACACAUAAUGUUGGAUUGAAUGAAAGAUUCAGUCAACUUGGAAAACCAGCAACUGGUGCGGCAAAGAGCAAGCCAGCUAUUACAAACCGACUAGGACCUCAGAAUGCUGGUCGUGCGCAUGUUGCCAACAUCCAAAGCCGAUUAGGCAAAGCGAAAAACGCCGGAAUCAAGAAGGCACCUCUAAAGCGUAAAAACAAUGGUCCUACUGCCAUGGAGGGUGUUGAACGCGCUGGUAACGUUUCGGCACGUAACCAGAAAGGGCUCGCUAAUCUUCGAAAAGCUAAACCCAAUGCUGCCAACGCGCAAAAGAAAGUUGCACGCAACAACACCAAGCGACCUGCCCCCAACGCGCGCGGGAAGCCAAAAGCACAGGACAAGGGUAAACCUCAGGAACGCGCCAAAGCAAAGCCUGUGUCGAAGGACGAUCUUGAUAAGUCUUUGGACGAGUAUAUGAUGAAGGAUCCAAAGACUGCUCAAGCUAGAUUGGAUGACGAAUUAAACCAAUACUUGGCUGACGGUGACUUAGUCAUGGACAUGUAAUGUUCAAACUUACGCUUCUACCAAAUCGCUCACAGCUCACAUUUAGCGCACUAUACGGCCUUAAUCAGUACAUCAUCAACAUUUGAAUUCUCUUUCAAUACAUAUCAUUAUUUCCACAAUAUCGAAUGUCAACAGUCUUGAGUGCUUUGUCAAGCUUGCGUGCUAUCGCCAAAAACCUAACGAAGAGCUGACGAAGUGAAAGUUGCAAAC